AUGAAUGAUAAUGCAGUGGCGGUUCUUGUCGAUAUGAAGGAGCGAAGUUUGUUGGAGAGUUUUGAUAGGUCUUACCAUCCAACCUAUGGCCUGGGUACCAUGUCUGGCAAUAUAUACGAUACCGCAUGGAUUGCAAUGGUCAGAAAAUCCAUCCAAGGUAAGGCUCUAUGGGCAUUUCCAGCUGCCUUUCAGGCCCUUCUACAGCAGCAAAACGAAUGUGGUAGUUGGGGUGGAGCUACGUCGGAAUUGGAUUCCAUUGCCAGCACCUUAACAGCUCUUCUUGCAUUACAACGACAUGCGGGCGACUCCUGUGAGACGGACCGUCAAGGUCUCAACUUGAGAAUCCGUAAAGCGAAGGCAUAUUUGGAUACAGCUUUGAAAAGCCUCAACCACUUGCUAGCAACAAGUAUCUUGCCUGUUAGUCUGGAGCUUCGAUUACCAGCGAUAUUUGAUCUCCUGGAAGCGGAGGGGCACGCAUUCGACUUUGAUCGGACAUACCUGACCAAGGUUCAGUCGAAGAAACUUUCAAAGAUCGACUUGAAUACCAUUUUCAGCGGCCCACAAUCUUCUCUUCUGCACUCAUUAGAAGCUUUGAUUGGGAAGGUCGACUUCAAAGGGCUGGCCCAUUAUAAAGUUCUUGGCAGCAUGUUAGCAUCGCCAUCGGCGACAGCAGCAUAUCUGAUGUAUAAUCCUGUGUGGGAUGAUGAGGCCGAGGAAUACAUUCGGCGUGCAAUCUCCAACGGAGCUGGUCAUGGAUCAGGGCUUGUGGCUGCAGGAUAUCCAACCACAGUGUUUGAAUGGGCAUGGGUGACAACAAACUUAAUACGCCAUGGCAUCGAACCAAACAGCAGACUCAAAGAAGUUGGCAAGCAGAUCGAAAGCGAGAUUAAGCUGCAUGGAGUAGUGGGAUUCGUCCCGAAGGCAUGUCCUGAUGCGGAUGACACGGCCAAGGCUUUAGCAGCCUUUGCGCUUCAGGGAAUACACUACUCGCCACAAGCAUUGGUCGAUCAAUUUGAACGAGAAAACCAUUUUACAACAUAUCUAUACGAGACGCAUACUAGCAUAAGUACCAAUGCUAAUGUUCUCACCGCUCUGGUGCUGCUUUCAACCGAUGAUCGCUACCAGCCACAAAUUGAAAAAUGCAUUCGCUACCUGUGCGAGGCAUGGUUUCACUGUGACCGAAUGGUAAAGGACAAAUGGAAUAUCUCGCCUUAUUAUCCGACGAUGCUGAUGUGUGAAGCAUUGAUGUCUUAUAUCCAGCGCUGGAGUGAAGGACAUCUGGCCGCAUUACCCGACGAUCUUAUGAAGUUCCAACUUCCGAUCACGCUUUGUCAGGCCUUAAUCCGAACACUGCGCACCCAGAAUCAAGAUGGAUCCUGGGGAAUCUCGGACUCUGCUGAAGAGACCGCCUAUGCUCUCCUGAUUCUGAAAAGUGUGGCAUCUUUCAGUUUCACUGACAUGAUAUCGGCCGAGGUUGCAAAUGCCAUUAGCAGAGGUGUCCAGUUUAUUCUUACCAAAGGCCAGCGGUCAGAGACAGAUGACCAGCUUUGGUUGGACAAAACCUUGUAUGCCAUACCGACUGUAUCAGACUCCUAUAUCAUGGCUGCUGUGAAAGCUGAGGACACCGUCGACAAAUCUGCCGAAAUACCACAUAAGCUCGUUGACAUGUCAACAACAAUGGUUGUUAAGAUGGCCGAAUACUUUUCUCGAUUGCCAUCUCAGAUGGAAACACCGAUGUGGGUUAUCCAAGCUUCAGUCAUAGAGGCGAUUCUUUUUAGCUACAAGCUAAAGAAGCUGGAUGUAUUCUCGACCGGAAAAGCUCUCGGAGAUAAAUACAUCAAAUAUGCGGCCUGCUUUUGGAUACUGGCUAACAAUUCAAGCCCCGAGUAUCUCCUGAGUACAUGGAUAAUCUACAGCAUGGUUGAACUUUCCGUUGGCAUAUUCCAAGAAGACGAAAUAAUGGAAAAGUCCUUGGCGAAUCUACCGGAUUUUACCACCCGCAUUAUAACCGGCUAUAUUGAUGAACUUUGCCACGAAACUGCCCUUUGCAAAGAUAAUUCUCUCCACGGACCUUCAUCUGGAACAAAUAUCUCUGAUGUGGAUGAGGGAACUCUUACUCUCCUCAAGAGCAUACAACAGAACAUAGGAGUCUGGUUCCGUUUUGUUUUGGAUGAUAACCUCAAGCCAAACACAAGUCCAUAUGAUAGACGCGAGCUACAAGAAGAACUGAAGAGGGCGACUUUGGCUGCUAUGCAACAAGCUAAAGCGCACAAGUCACUCAACGGCAGCCGUCCACAUUCUGACACAGAGCGUGUUACACUUGGUACCGGUCAGACAUUCUAUGACUGGUUACAUACAUCCGCUGUUCAUGACGUCAAGAGUGCGCUUGUCUCCAAAUACCUUAUCUGUAAGAUUGGGAAUGGUGGAGAAGUCUUCACUACAGCCAGAGAAAAGUACUUUGCCGAGAAGCUAUGGAGGCAGAUGUCCAUAGAAGGUAGGCUUUGGAAUGACUUGGGAAGCAUUGAGCGAGACCGCCUUGCAUCAAACCUCAAUUCAGUCAACUUUCCCGAAUUCUCGUCUCCUCAAAGCAUCAAGUCAGACGGUGAUGUGGAGACGCAAUUGACUCAGCUCGCGGAGUACGAACACAAGUGCACUUUGUCGUGCUUGAACGACUUAACACGGAUCUUGGAAAACUCUGGUCGUCGAACGAUCUCGCUGUACCUACAGAUGUAUUACCGUUGUUGUGUGAUCUAUUCUGAAACGUGUGUUACGUAUGCUUUCGGCUCCACCACGGCGAAGUGA